UUGGGCUUUGUUCUGUCGAUACAGCGGUGUGUUGUUAUAUUACACAACAGCUACACUGUAAACAUUUUCAUUCGCUGCAUUGUGUGGUGUUCUGUUAACCAUUGUAGUUAUAUUUAUGCAGGCAGUGAACCAGACGUUUAUUAUGCCAAAAUCAAAGAAUUUAAAAGCCUUCCUGGCUUCGUCCCUGAAUGAAAUUUUUAAGGCGACUGUGAAUGACAUACUGGACUCAGUGGAGGAGACCUUGUCCGAAUACAACGAAAAAAUACAGAGAAUCGAAGCGGAAAAUGAAAGUCUACGACGAAGUUUGCAGGGACUUGAAGAUGUAAAUAGAGGAGGCAAGAAAGAAGUCGAACUUCCCAAGCAGUCAAGAGGCAAUCUCAAGCAUGAACCAGUCCAACAGCAACCAGGCGACAGCAAGCAAGACCUCAAGGAUCACCACAGGUACCAACAGCAGGAGCCUAGUGGCUCUGUUCCCAUUACAAAACAUGAUGCUGAGAGUAGCCUGCAAGCUCAAGAGGCAACAGCAGGAUCUGUUGCCAUUAAAAAAGCCUCUGAUUGUGUGGCAUCAUUGCUUAAGUCGGAAAACGUGAAACACGACCCUGAUCUGGAACAGAACUGUGCGAUGGACCUUUCCACCACCCAUACCCCACCCAGCAUGGAAGGAAAGAGGAUUAAAUUUGAGAAGGAUGAGCAGGAGUUCUUGGUCCCAGAACAUGAUGCCAACAUGCAGGCCCCACAGAGUCCAGACCUGGAUUCCAGGGACGGCGAUUGUGAUGUCAGCACAACCAUCAUAUCGGACCAUCACUUGAACAUUGGCACUAGUGAGGAAGAAGCAGUGGAAAUGGGAGAGUCUGAGCCUGAUGAAAUGUUGAAUGCGCAGCUCUGUAGUAAAUUUGCAUCAGAUGAUCACUCCCAACUUAAUUUUUCAGACUUUGCACCAGAUAUAGCUGAGGGGAGUGACAUUUGCCCAUCCAUAGAGCACCAACAGCCAGAUCCAGGUCUCUCCAGCACCCUUCUGGCAUCGAUAUCUGCUGUGCAUUCAAAUAUAACAGAGUCUUCCAAAAACAGCCAAGGUUUAUAUCCAUGUAACCUAUGUGAGAAGACUUUCAGCCGGGUGGGAACUCUUAGAGUGCACCUCAGAACUCACAGUGGAGAGAAGGCACACUGCUGCAGCUACUGUGGGAAGCGCUUUGGCCGGGCUGACCUGCUGAAAGCACACAAGCGCACUCACACAGGAGAGAGACCUUUCAGCUGCAAUGUGUGUGGAAAGAGUUAUGGUCAGCCUGGUCAGCUCAGAAUACACAAGCGAAUUCACACUGGAGAGAGACCAUACUGCUGUCCUCACUGUGGGAAAAGAUUCAGUGAGCACAACCAACUAAAGGUGCACCUUCGAACUCAUACAGGAGAAAAACCCUACCACUGCAGUGUGUGUGAAAAGACCUUUGGCAAUGCUGGAAACUUAAGAAUACACCAGAGAAUUCACACUGGAGAGAAACCGUACAGUUGCUCUCAGUGCAACAAGAGAUUUAACGGUUUGGGAGAUCUCAAAACUCACUAUAGAGUUCAUACAGGUGAGAGGCCAUACCACUGCAACCUGUGUGAAAAAACCUUCAGCCAAGCUGGCCAUCUAACCAUACACAUGAGAAUACACACAGGAGAGAAACCAUAUAGUUGUGCAGAUUGCGGAAAGAAUUUCAGUGUAGCAAGCAGCCUUAAGCUGCACCAGCGAACUCAUACAGGGGAAAAACUUUACCGCUGCUCUUACUGUGAGAAGACUUUCAGCAGAGCUGGACAUUUAAAAAGACAUGAACAGGUUCACACAAAAGAGAAGUUGUACUCUUGCACCCAGUGUGAUAAGAGUUACAGUGACCAGUCAACCCUUAAAAAACACCUAAAAACACACACCGGUGAUGAACCCCUUGUGCAGAAUGAGGAGUGUUUCAGUGGAUCUGAUACUGCUGAUAAUGACCUGGAAAUUGAAACAGUACAGAUAUUGUAGUACUAGCACCUAAUAAUCUGUCCUAGAAUCAUGAGUGUUUUGCUAAUCAAUAUCAAAUUGAAUACAUAAUUUUCCGUACAACUUGAUUAAGUGGCCAUUAAGUUCAGAACCUGAAAUAAGAUUUUGUAGGUCAUGCCAACCUAACCAUAACAGGUUCACCAUAGAGGGGUAGUCAACAAAUAAAUGUUAAAAAAAAUGUAAGGGUUCUGGUGUCAUGAACCUAGAAAACUGACCCUAAUAAUUUGAAGCUUGGGAGCCAUUUGUUGAUCUGUGACUCUUCCUUUAUUAUUGUCCUAAUUAUUUAGAUGAUGUGAUUUCAACUUCCCAAUUUGGGAGAGUGAAUGUUAAACUAAAUUAAGCUGCUUGUCCUAUUUAGUUGGGCAUAACCUCAGACAUUCAGGUGUUUAAUGAACAUUUGUCCGUAACAGUGCUUUAAAAGUAGGUCUACUAAAUAAACAUUAAGAAAAUGAUUGGUGUAACUUGUAUGAUGAUUUAAUGUUAAUGUAAUUGUGAAUUAAUAAAUGUUGACAAUAUGGGAAAUUUC